UCGGGGCCGGCCGGGAUCCGGUGUCGGCUGCAGCUGGCAGUGCGGCGGAGCGAAGGGCCCGCGGGCCCAGCUAUUAAUAACGCGGCCGCCAGCCCGGGGUCGCGCAGCCAUGGCCAGCCCGGAGCCCCGGCGCGGCGGGGACGGCGCCGCCCAGGCCGCGAGGAAAACAAGAGCAGAGGCCAAUUCUCCUCUUCAAGAGAACCCUGAAUCCCUAAAUGAGGCAGAGGCCUUGAACCCAGAAGUUACUCUAUCUUCAGAGGGGACCUUAAACCUAGAAGACGUUCUCUACCUGGAGGACACAGGUGACAUUGAUGAGACACUCUAUGUGCAAGAGACCGAGAAGCCAGAGGAGGCCCUGUAUAUUGAGGAGGCCAUGCAGCCAGAUGAAGCUCUGUAUGUGGAGGAGUCUGGGAAUCCAGAGGCAGUGUGUGUGGAGGAAACCAUGGAGCCAGAUGGGAUACAGUUUGUGGAGGUGCCCAUGGAGCCAGGAAGGCCCACAAGCCCAGAUCAGGUUGUUUGUGAGGGAGAGACGGUCACAAGGGCGGAGAAAUCUAACCCUGAGGACAGCCUGAGAGCCGAGCCGAGCCCCAGUAUGGAGGAGGAGAAUCUGAGCAUAGAGGACCUGGAAUUGCUAGAGGGGCGUUUCCAGCAGUGUGUCCAAGCUGUGGCCCAGCUGGAAGAGGAGAGGGAUCAGCUCAUCCAUGAGCUUGUGUUGCUCCGGGAACCAGCCCUGCAGGAGGUGCAGCAAGUCCAUCAGGACAUCCUGGCUGCCUACAAGCUCCACGCCCAAGCGGAGCUGGAGAGAGAUGGGCUAAGGGAGGAGAUCCGGCUGGUCAAGCAGAAACUGUUCAAGGUGACGAAGGAAUGUGUGGCCUACCAAUACCAGCUGGAGUGCCGCCAGCAGGAAGUGGCUCAGUUUGCCGAUUUCCGGGAAGCACUGACUACGAGGGUGGCCCAGCUCUCAGAGGAACUGGCACAGCUCCGGGAUGCCUAUCAGAAGCAGAAGGAGCAGUUGCGGCAACAGCUAGAGGCCCCUCCAAGCCAGAGAGAUGGGCACUUUCUCCAGGAGAGCCGGCGACUCUCUACCCAGUUUGAAAAUCUCAUGGCAGAGAGCCGCCAGGGCCUGGAGGAGGAGUACGAGCCCCAGCUCCUGCGGCUCCUAGAGAGGAAAGAAGCUGGGACCAAAGCUCUGCAGAAAACCCAGGCUGAGAUCCAGGAGAUGAAGGAGGCUCUGAGACCCCUACAAGCAGAGGCCUGGCAGCUCCGACUACAAAACAGGAACCUGGAGGACCAGAUUGCACUUGUGAGGCAAAAACGAGAUGAAGAGGUGCAGCAGUACAGGGAACAGCUGGAGGAAAUGGAAGAACGCCAGAAGCAGUUAAGAAGUGGGGUGCAACUCCAGCAACAGAAAAACAAAGAGAUGGAGCAGCUAAGGCUCAGUCUUGCUGAAGAGCUCUCUACUUAUAAGGGCUGUUUAGAAACAUAUGGCCAAAUCUGUAACCCAGAAACACCAAAAAACUUCUUAGAAGGUCACUAAGUACCCUUUGGACGUACUAAACAGACAAGAGUGCCAGAAACUUGGCAAGCAAUCAUCCUGUGAACGUUGCAAAUACUGGCUGACCUACUUAAAAGAUUCUGGAGUUGGCCAGAGGCAGAACACCAGUCAACUCUUUCCUGGAUUCUUUUUCAUCUGCUGUUGGUACUAAUCUCAGUGCAUCAAGGAAAGGAAAAACAAGCCUUCUGUCUUCCAGCAGCAAUCCUCACAUACAUAUGUGCUGAGUAAAUGAUCAAUGUAUGGACGCAUCUUGGAGUAUUUUAAAGAAUGUUUAUGUUGACCCAAACCAAAAACAUUGAGGGGCACAUGUGGAGUCAAAAGGCAUAUUUCCAUUGCACAUGGGCUUACAAUUUUGCAUUCUUUUGUGCCAUUGAGCGUUAUAAAUUAAAUGAAUACUUUUACGAAGUUUACUUUUUGUUAAAGGAUAUGCUGACUCAAAUAGUUUACUCUUAAAAUUGUGUUAAGGUGGCUGGGUAUAGUGGCUCACAGCUGUAAUCCCAGUAC